AUGGGGUUUUGGGGUUAUUUAUGUUUUGGUUGUUGGGGUUGGGGUGGGGGGGGUGGGGGGUGGGGUGGGUUGGGGGGGUUGGGGGGGGGGUGUGGUGGUGUAGUGUUAGGUGUUUUGUGGUGUGGUUUUUUUUGUGUUUUUAGGGUGUGUAAUGUUUUUGGGUGGGUGUGGUGGGGGGGGGGGUUUGGUGGUGUGUUGUGGUGGGUUGGUUUGUGGGUGGUGGGGGGUGUUUGGUGUGUUGUGGUUGGUUGUUUUGUUUGUGGGGUGUUGUGGUGGUGGGUUUGUGUGGGUUGUGGGGGUGGGGGGUUGGGUUGGGUUUUUUGUGGGUUGUUGGUUUUUUUUUUUAUGUUGGUUGGGGUGUGGGUGUGUUUGGUGGGUGUGGUGAGGGUGGGGGGGGGUGGGUGUUUGGGUGGUUUGGGGGGGGGGGGUGUUGUUUGGUGGUUUGGGGGUGGGUUAUGGGGGUGUUGUUUGGGGGGGUUGGGGGGUUGUUGUUUUUGGGUUGUGGGGGUGGGUGGUUUUGGGUGGUUGGGGGGAUGGUUGGUGUUUGGGUGGUUGGGGGGUGUUUGGGGGGGGGUGGUUGUGGGGGUUUGGGGUGUUGGGGGGUUGGGGGUUGGGGUGGUUGUGGGGUGGGGGGGGGUUGGGGGGGGGUUGGGGGGGUUGGGGGUGUGGGGGUUGUGGUGUUGUGGGGUAUUGGGGGGUUUGUUGGGGGUUUUGGGGUUGGGGGGGGUGGUGGAAUUGGGGUUUGGGUGUUUUUGGGGUGUUUUGGGGGGUGGGGUGGGUUUUUGGGGGUGGGUUGUUGUGUGUGUGUGGGUGGGGGGGAUGUGUGGUUUGGGUUUGUGUUUGUUGGUUAUGGUUUGGUUGGUUAUUGUUGAUGUGUGUGGGGUUGGGUGUGUUGUGGUGGGUUUGUUGGGGUUGUGGGGGGGGGGGUGUGUUUUGGUUGUUGUGUGUGUGGUGGGUGGGUGUGGGUUGGGUGUGGGGGGGGGGUUGUGGGGUGGUGUGGUGUGGGGUGGGUGUGGGGGGGUGUGUGGGGGGGUGGGUUGGUGUGGGGUGGUGGGGGGUGGGUGUGUGGGUUGGGUUUGUGUGGUGGGGUUUUUGUGGGGUUUGGUGGUGGGUUUGGGUGUGGGUUUGGGGUGGGGUUGGUGGUGUGUUUGGUGGUGGUUAUGGUGGUGGGGGUUUGGUGGUGGGGGUUGGUGUGGGGGGGUUGGUGUGGGGUUUGGUGGUGGUUUUGUGGUGGGGUUUGGUGGGGUGGGGUUUUGGUGGGUGGGGUGGUUGGGGUUUGGUGGUGGGGUUUUGGGUGGUGGGUUUGGUGGUGGGGUUUGGUGUGGGGUUUGGUGGUGGGUUGGGUGGUGGUUGUGUGGGUGGGGUUUGGGUGGUGGGGGGGGGGGUGGGGGGUGGGGGGGGGGGGGGGGUGGUGGGGGGUGGGUGGGGUGGGGGGUGGGGGGGGUGGGGUGUUUUGGGUGGUUGGGGUGGGGGUGGGGGGGGGGUGGUGGGGGUUGUGGGGGUUGGGUGUGGUGUGUGGGGGGGGGGUGGUGGGGUGGUGGGUUGGGGGGGGUGUGGGGGGGGUUGGGGUGUGUUGGGGGGUUUUUUUUGGUGGUGUGGGGUUGUUUUUUGGGGUUUGGGGGGGGGUUGGGGUGUGGGGUGGUGGGUUGUGUGGUUUGUGGGGGUGUUUGGGUUUGGUUGUGGGGUGGUGGGUGGUUGGUGGGGGGGGGUUGGGUGGGGGGGUGUGUGGGGGGGGGGGUUUGGUGGGUGGUGGGUGGGGGGGUGUGGGGGGUGGGGUUGUGUUUGGGGGGGUGUUGGUGGGGGGGUUUGGGGGGGGUACAGCGUGACGGACCCGCCGCCUCCGCCCUGCACCCGGGGGACAAGAUCCUGCAGGCCAAUGGACAUAGUUUCCUGAACGUGGAGCAUGAUGUCGCUGUGACGCUGCUCAAGAGUUUCCAACGAACUGUGGACCUGGUUCUUCUGAGGGACAGCGGCGCCCAACACUAG